AUGACUACCCUUCUUAAAGGCAUAGGAAAACUCCACGUUUCCAGCAACACCGCGCUGGACUCGCCCACGGACGAGGACUUCAUCAAGUGCUUGGACUACGACGAGUUGGAGCGCAAGUUUGGCUGUUUCAAGUACUACCCCAAGUUCCUCAACAACUAUGACUACCUGACGCCCGAGAUCAAGGAGAUGAUUGGCGACAAGCCCAACCCGGGCACGAAAAAGACGUUCGUUACCGAGAUUGACGUGGAGACAGGCGAAAUGACCGUCAAGGAGAAGAUGGAGAAGAAGGACCGCAAGGCACGCAGGGAGGAGAGGCGGGCCCGCCGUGAGGAGCGCCGGGACGACCGCAAGGAGGACCGUAAGGAGCGGAAAGAGCUCCGGAAAGAGCAGAAGGAGCGCAGAGACUUGAAGAAGAACGGCUCCACCGUCGUGGACACAACGCUACCCAUCAUUCAGAACCAGCCCAGAGGCAGGCAAGACUCGGUGGCGACGGGGAACUCCGGAAGCACGCAGAAUCUGGGUCCCAUGGGUGCUCCAGCCAAGGUGGAGCCUUCCAACGGCAAUGCUAACGGCACUGCCCACGCCAACGGGAACGCCAACACGGACGGGUUCCGCUUCAACAACCCCUUUGGCGACCAGAGCACGUUGGUUUCUGAACACGAGCCCAAAUCCAGAGUCAACUCCAUAGCGUCCAAGGCGAGAGAGAAUUCGGUCCACAGCGGCGUGAAACCCCGCCAGAACUCGGUGCAGACGUUGGAGAAGCCUCGCAAGCUGACAUUCUCGCUGAAGCUUCGUGACAUGAUCAUGCCCCACAGGCACACCGUCGCUCAAGACAGCACAGACCUCCAGCGGACCCAGUCGUAUGACCAGACACGGCUGCUAAUGACAUUCAACCGGGGCGCAAAGACCGGGUUGAUGAAGAAUUCCGAAUCAGCUCGCAGGAUGAGCGAACAAAUUGGUACGUAUACUUGA